AUGACGAAUAUCGGCCCUUUAACGACGACCUUCACACCACCAGCCAGUUGUACCACCAACACCCCCCAAAUAUAUCAGGUCUGGAAGGGGACCGCAUCCGAAUACAUCCACGGUCCUCUCUACACACCUGAUUCGAAUUGCUUUCCUGAUGGUUACGUUGCGAACCCGUCCUACUACUACAACCCCGGCUCUUGUCCCAAGGGAUACACGACAGCACCAUGUUCGCGCUCUGGGCUUCCUGUGACAGACACAGAGGCAGCGGGUAAGACUCAAACGGCAGUUGUGUGCUGUCCGAGCGGAGCUGCCCUCACCUUUACCUGCGCCGACGACACCGCUCAGGCACUAGCAUGUACCACAUCCUUCCCCAAGGGAGCCGAGGUUCUGAUGGGUGUGACUGUCGUAUCCGAUGGAACCAUCGGACCUCACACCACCGUAUCCGAGCGACGAGGCGGUAUUGGCGCCUAUGGCAUCCAGGUCGUCCUUGGAGCAAUGUCAGACGGGGGGCACAUCCAACCCUCAGAGCAGGAUAACUCCGGCAUGAUGGCAACCGCUACCUCCUUACCGACGACACCUCAACCAACAAUCACCGACGACCCAUUAGCAACGACGACGAGCAGUAGUAGCGGCGGCGGCGGCGGCGUAAGUACCGGCGCGGCCAUUGGUAUCGGCGUUGGAUCCGCAGCCGUCGCCCUCCUCGCUGCCGGCUCCGUGGGCUUCCUCUUCUUUAAACGCUGGUGGCGGAAAAAGCGACUACUACGGCGUAGAAGAACCAUUGAAAACAUUGGAACCCUCAGCAACAGCAAAGGUGAUGGUGAUGGUGGUGGUGGUGAUGGUGUCGCUGAUCUCGUCAGCAUCAUCAGCAACCCCCCGCCCGUGCCGCCCAAGGACCUGCAACCGCACUACGAGCUGUCGGGAGAGGCCUCGUCCAUCGUGGCGGCGUCGGAGUGUGGUCAUCAGCCAUCGAGACACAUGAGCAGGUUCUCCAUGUUCAAAUGCGGUACGCCUACAACGCCGCCACCUGGACACCCUGCCGAGGCGGAACAAGCUCAUUUGUCACCGGUCUGGCCGCCGAGUGCGAGUCACCAGAGUCGGAGUGGCAGUCCGAGUCAUGCCUACAGCCGACCCGUCGAACACCCCGGGCACCAAUUUGCCGAAUUGGAAGCGGAGGUGCCAAUUGAGGCGGCGAGUUCGGACAUGCCGUCAUCGGCGGAACCGUCGUUGACGACACCGAGUAAAUGGUAG